AAAAAAAACACCUCCGGUUGUCACGUGACUGUCAAGAUGGCUGCCACCCUGUCGAGCGAACAUUUCGACAAUUUGCAGCUUCUUCUCAAGGCUCCAUCCAAAGACUUUGUGAAGGACGUGUGUGUGCAGAGUCGCCGAGGUCCAAGUCUUCGUCUGACUCGGAACGCCGCCGCGGCGCUCGCCGUCCCUGAAGCUCAGGCUGCUCAGGCACCUUCUUUCAAAUUCAUCACGUUUUUUAUUUUGACGCAACUUUCAAGACCACACAGAAUAUGCUGUCAGAUAUGACAAUAUAUGCAUCCAACCUAGCAAAAGACAGACUCUCUUCUUUCACCAGAAAGUUGAUUUCCACCUCUUGAAGUUGUUUCGUCGUCAGGAGUCGAACCCGGAUUGCGUUUUCACACAAAAAACACAGAAAAUGAACUUUUUGGGAAAAGAAAUAUGACAUGCUUUUGAUGCAAACUUUUUUUACUUCUAUGACAUAACAAGCCCCCCCCCCCCAAAAGAAAAUAACAAUCAUAAAUAUAUAAUAAAUAUUAAAUAAGUAGUAAUAGUAAGCCGAGAUUCACCGCUCAAUCUCGAUCUUCUGCUCGAAAGCUGUGCUGAUGUGAAACGGCGCCAUCCGCUGGCGUCCGUUCGACAUGACAGCGGUUUACAAACCCGAAUUCCGCAGACGAGCCGGCCGAGAUCCUCUUCCACGCGCACCCGUUGAAAGAUGCACUUGAGGAAUAUAUUCUUAAAUUGGGCUUUUGUAUGUGUGCGCCUCAGCUGCUGCACUCGCUGCACGCGUUGUCCGCUCACGUGGUCUUCGGCAACCUGAGCUCGGCCGAGCGGGUGGUCCAGCUUUUUCCUGAGGGCUUCCACUCCAGCCUGAAGAACUUGCUCACCAAGAUCCUGCUGGAGAACAGGGAGAUGUGGAAAACAGAAGCAGUCGGGAGUCAGACCACGCUUCCCCAGCUGACGGCCGUGGACUGGAGGGUGGACGUGGUGAGCAGCUCGGACGCGCUCAGCCGGAUGUGCGUCCCCGCGUGUCUCGUCCACUUCAAGACGGAGGAUGCGUGCGCCUCCGAUUCCGUGUCCGUGGCGACGGUGGAGCUGAGCAGGGAGAGUCUGGACACCAUGUUGGACGGGCUGGGCCGCGUCCGGGACCAGCUCUCUGCGGUCGCUGGCAAGUGACGAUGUCAUAGGAGGAUUCAUUUGGUUACAUCACGACUGGCUGCUUGUCGCUAGGCAGACUUCAUCAUAACCGCCCCACUCCGCUCUAUGAACAACAACAACCUGACAGGAAGUCACAAACACACACACACUGUCGAUGAAUCGGGGCUCUGUAUUAAAUAUAAAAUACAUUCAACAAAUACAUGCGUCUGGUGGUGAAAGCUUGACUGUGUCUUCAUAUUAAUAAAGUGCUUUUAUAAGACAA